AUGGCUUCAUUAAUAGCAUCUGAAGCCAAAAAGCUACUCCAAGAUAUCCAUCCAAGUGAACUUUUGAGUAUUGUACUUGACAAUAGUGCUGGGUGGGUAAUGGCCGGCACUCAAGUCACUGGUAAAGUCAUUGUACGACCGAAAGAGUCUGUAAAAUCAAAUGGCAUUCAUAUUCAUUUCAAAGGGAUAGCCAAAACUAGCUGGAGCUCUUCUGAAUAUCUUGGAGCGUAAGUUUUAUUUACUGUAGCUUACCCUAUCUUACUCUACCGUACCCCACACUAUCCUAACCUUCCGUACUGUACCAUACGCUACCCCACCCUACUCUACCCUGUCAUGUGCUGUCCUCUCUUCUUACCCUACCUUACUUUUCUCUAUCCUGCUCUACCACUGCCUUUCCCUACCCUACGUUAUCUUUAACUUCCGUUUACUACACCACUACCCUACUCUACUAACCUUAAAACCAUUUCCAGUCAACACAAAGGUAAAAAACUGAUUCAAAGAAGCGGUGAAGUAGUGUAUUCAAACGAAGAACUAUGUCUAUGGAAGCCUCAGACGUCAGACAAACACCUGCCAAUGAACGAAAUGAUACUCCCGUUCGCAUUCACAGUACCUCAUGUUUGUCCUCCUAGUUUUGAAGGUGAAGAUCUUUACAAUAUUCGUAUUUUAGCCUGGAACUGCUACUUGAAACAAUGACAUGAUGUUUCAAAAUCAAGCUAAAUCACCAAAAAAGUCAUAACAAUAUACGAUUUUUAGGUACGGACGGCCAUAUUCGAUAUACCCUAAAAGCCGUACUGUCAAGACCAUGGUUUCUAGACUGUAAACAGUACCUGUCCUUCACAGUACUACCUUACAUUGACUACGCAGCCCAUCCCUCAGCAUUUCAACCUCAAACCGCCUCAGGCGAAAAGGAAUUCUCAGGGUUCUUUGGAAAGAACGCUAUUAAGGUUACUGUAACAGCACCCAAAUUACGGUACAUUCCAGGAGAAACUAUCGACCUCAACGUUCAAAUUACUAAUAACUCAGACAAAAAAAUCAGCGCUUUAAAAUGCGAGGUAGGAUUGAAUAUUUGGCAGUAAAAACAACUUUUUUCGAAUUUUUAAAAAUUAAAAAAAAAUUUAAUGAUUUUUUUUAGCUAAACAACAGUAAAAACCCUUAAAAUUAAUCCUAACGCUUAGUAUUUCAGAUCCUCCAAAAUGCCAAUUACAUAGGAACAACUUUCAAUGAUUAUCGAGGAAAUCCCAUCCAAGUGGCACAGGCAUCUGGUGCAGCCAAAGACAAAAAAGUUACUACAAUCAGGAAAGAACAUCGACAUGAAUUUCAAAACUCAAUGAAAGGAAACUUUAACCAUGUAUUUACUGUGCCAUUACCGUCCUUAGUACCUACGUUCAACAAUUGUCCCGUUAUAAACGUUGACUAUCAACUAAAGGUAGGAUAACAUAAAUUUAAAUCGUUGUCAUUGGGUUUUUCGCCGAUUAUACCUAUUAUCCCCUUCUGCUAUAAUUAGACAUAUGCGUUUGUAAUAUUAAAAACUAAAUUACAUUUAAAAAUAGUUGAAUCCGUUUUAAAAUCACAAAAAGUAUGUUAUCCAUCCAUUAAAUCCCCAAUGUAAUUUAAAACACUGUUUUUUAAAAAAAUUUCACAUAAAUUGCCCUUCUUACAUCUUUGUAAACUUACUCUGGUCAAUUUAAUACCUAAAAAUCAAAACUUAAACCCAUAUCUAUUUUAAAACCAUCAAAAGUAUAUUAACCUUCUUCAGAUAUACAUCAUAAUCCACAAUCAACUCCCAGUCCAAAUAUUCCUACCAAUUAUGAUCGACACAGCAGUUAUCCAACCAAAUAUGCCUCCUAAAAUCCAAAACCAACAACAAUAUUACCCACAACCAGUAGCGACAUCAAGUUCUGUUGAUAUAAAUCCAGAUGGCAUAUACCCAAUGUUACCAACAGCUCCUCCGCCAGAUUACAACUCAUUACAGCCAAUGCCAAGUGAUGAAAGUAACAACGAAAAACGAUUUUCAACAGUGACUGAUUGUUCGGAACCUCCACCUGAAUAUCAACCUAAUUAUCCAUCACUAAAGUGA